AUGGCCAUACCGUUCGCUCUACCGAGCGAAGACGAAGCCGAGGCUCAAGAGCGACGCCUGCAGGGUCUGCUGCUCGACGUUUACGGCAUCCUGCAACAGGUUAUACGGAUGAGGAGCUACCAGAAUCCAGGACAGAACCACCGAGUAAACCGGCGAUCCGGUGAGGUUCCAGGAUCGCGAGAACCCCCUGUUGUCCUGGUGGAUUCGGACCUUUCCCGUUUGCCAUUGCCGGACCUCGUUUCAUCGGCCAUCGAACAACUCCCACCCCCGAUGCCCCAGGUCACAGCCUCUGCUCCGAGCAGCCCGACGAGGGACGUUGCCUUUCAAUUCCCGGAGCUGAACCCUUCGGCUCCUGUACCCAGUCCAAGACCUCGUCCCCGGAGACGACGUCUAGUGUCCGAAAACUCGGCACUCAAGAAGGAACAACCGAGCACCAGUUACUCCCUGAAUGGCAAUGUCGCCGAUGAGAACGAGUGGGCAAGCGUUGGCGCCAACCUCAGGAACAUCGCCGAUGACUUUCACGCUUCUAAGAACAAGGAUUCCCAGGCCGAGAAAUCGAGUCUACCGGUUAUCGGUGGCGAUGACUCGUCGGCGGAUAGUUUCUUGUCACUUUUGAUCCCGGCACCGCUCCGAGAAACGCUCUGGACGACAGUCGCGUUGUAUUUGGGAUGGCGAUUGGUGUCCCAUUUGCGAUAGAACCCUGGAGCAGCGGUUCGCGGAGAAGACGGCGUCUCCUUACGCCGGAAUGUUUGCUGAUUUUGUUUUUUCUCGUCAACCGCCAGAGGAAGCUCUUGGAGAAUAAGUAGCAGAAAAAGAAGAAGAGGAGGAGAAGGAGUAGGAAGAGAGAAAUAAGAAGAGGAAGAAGAGCCGGACGUGUUGAGAGGCUGCACGCAGCUUGGCCACAGAUCUCAGAUCCAGGUCAGUCCUAGCCCAUGACUACGAUUCCUCUUCGCCGGUGAUAAUUAGCGGUGGCGAAUGUUGAUACGGAGGAAUCAAAUGUCGGCUAUAAUUAUGGCGGUUCGAAAAUCGUCCGCAAUUGCGAAA